AUACCAAACAUAUUCUACACUAGUGACCACAAAACCACAUGGGUUCUUCUCGUUUUCCAAACACUUGGGGUUUAGUUUACAAUAGAAAAAUGAUUUCUUUCUUCUUCUCAUGGUAUACAAUAACCUCAUAAAAUGCUCAACACCUUGUCUCCCCCACAUCAAAUCUCCCAUUGUUGUUCUCUCACUAACCCAAUCAAAAUCAAGCUUCUUCACUCAUCACAUCGUCCCCAUCACCACCACCAUCUUCACAAUCAUCGUCACCCCAACAAGAGAAUAAACCCAUCUCAUUUCUCCACCGGAAUCUUUCACUCACUUUCGGCCAUAGACAAACACCAAAACACCAACCAAAAUCAUCAAAUUCAACCCCCUGACGACGAUUACGAUGCUGAAUUCAACCCAUUUCACAACUCCCCAAUCUAUCUGAACAAAAUUGAACAAGAUUUAGACCGAAACAGGGGCGAAUCUCGUUGGGGCAUUUCAUCAAACAUGUGGUGGGCGGACUUGAAAGCGGCUGUUGGGCAGAGGAUUAAUGUUGAGGGGCUGAUGUUUUCAGUUUCGGUGAUUACUAGAAACAAGCAUUGGGUGAUCCCUCAUGUUUCGGUUCCGGAUGUGAGGUAUAUUGAUUGGGCUGCUUUGAAAAGAAAGGGGUUUGAAGGUGUUGUCUUUGAUAAGGACAAUACUCUUACGGUUCCUUACUCGUUGGCAUUGUGGGGCCCGAUCGCGCCGUCUGUUGAGUCUUGUAAAGCGGUUUUCGGGAACAACAUUGCGGUGUUUAGUAACUCUGCUGGGCUGCAGGAGUAUGACCCUGAUGGCAGGAAAGCUAGGGCUCUUGAGUUUGUAAUCGGGAUUCGAGUAAUUAGACAUAAGGUGAAGAAGCCAGCUGGUUCAGCUGAAGAAAUUGAAAGACACUUUGGAUGUGAUUGUUCAAAGCUCAUAAUGGUUGGCGAUCGUCCCUUCACAGACAUCGUUUAUGGUAACAGAAACGGGUUUCUUACUAUAUUAACUGCACCCCUGAGUCUCGCAGAAGAACCAUUCACUGUUAAGCAGGUGCGAAAAAUCGAACUGGCUCUUGUGAAUCGGUGGUUGAAGAAGGGUUUAAAACCCGCCAAUGAGAAGCUUCUUUCCGAUGCCUUGGAUUGUGUGAAAGAACCACCAUCUGUUUAAGGAGUGUUGUAGGUAAAUCAGGAAUUGAAAUCAUUUUAUGUGGUCAAAGCGGCCUAUGUAUGAUUCUUUUUGUUACAUUGUUAUUAUUUCAUAAAUGAAACCAUAUAGUGUGUGGAGUCGGAAGUUUAAACGA